GUCCUAAAAAACCCUAACCCCAACUCCCCACACUCGUCUCGCCGGGGGCGGCGCGAUGAGGGCUAUCACCGGCGGCGUCGUCUCCUCCCAGCCCUGUCCCCUCCACAAGGCCGCCCUCUUCCUCAAACGCUUCACCGAGUCUGCCGCCUCCCACCUACCCUCCUCCGACUGCUGUAACUACCUCCGCAACGCCGCCGACGCCACAACACAGCUCAGCCGCUUCCGCAAGGAACUCGGCGGCAGCCACAAGCAGGGUGCCGCCAACUCCGAUGCCCACUACUAUGAUGAUCCGGUGAAGGGCAAUAGAAAUCACGAAGAUCAGGAGAGCAAAGGGGACAUGGCGAUUGCCGCUGAUGAUUCCAACCGCGAUUCUGCCGCUGAGGCGAAGCUAGAUGUUGCCUCCGGUAAGAAGGGCAAUAAGAAGAAGAAUGGGGAUCCACUGGAGGAUAGAGCGGUUGCCCGUGCUAACUCGCACAUCCCCCCUUCACCAGAAAUUGCCACUGAGAAGAGGAAGAAGAAUCAUCCGAAUAAGGAAAUCAUCGUCGAUGUGAAGCAGGAGCCUAACUCCCACAUUCUCCCUUCACCAGAAAUUGCCACUGAGAAGAGUAAGAAGAAGAGUCGUCCGAAUAAGGAAAUCAUCGUCGAUGUGAAGCAGGAGCCUAGUUUUGUGGUGGAAGAAGAGCUGGUGAGUGAAAAGAAGAGCAAGAAGAAAAAAGAGAAGGAUCAUGUGAAACUGGAGGAGAAUGUGAAUGAGGUGGAAGAGAAAAUUGUCAAUGACAGUGCAGCAGAACAAAGAGUUGCCAUAACUGAGAGGGAAAGGAAGAAAAAGAAGCAUAAACAAGAGGAAUGCACUGAGGUUGUGAAGGAGAAGAAAAUCACUGAUGGUGAUCUAGACCGAGAGAAGAAGAGGAAAAAGAAGAGGGAUAGAGGUGACAAUUAUGACAAUGCUCCAGAGCAGGUAGAACAUAUAAAUAAGAAGCAAAAGAAGCAUCUGGGGAUUAGUUAGGAGAAUCCUUACUCAUUGGAGAUGUAUGGGAGUUUGUGACUGGUGAGGUUCCUGAUGUUGUAUUUUGGGCUUGAAUUUGAUUACUACUAUGGCUGUGUUCUUUUGGCUACUACGCCAGACUCCACAGUUUUGUUCUGUAAAACAUCCAAUUUAUAUGUUAUGGCCAUGAGGCCCAAGCAAUGAUAUUGAAUUGUUACU